ACCUAGUCAGCUGCAGUGACAAGCCGCUAACAAUGCAAAGGCAAUAUCAAUGCGCGGAGUUGGCGUGGAGGGUGCUGGCGCUGGCGCUGGCGCUGAUCCGACCAGGUCCAGGCUGUGAAUCCAUCCUGAUCCAUCAUGAGCACCCAACUACAGCCGUGCAGCCCAGCCCAAUUGCUGUGUGUUGCUGCGUGAUGCUGCUGCACCGGCUGCGCGGUGGCGGGAGGGGGAGGGGACGAAAUUGUCCGAGGGGCGAAGCUAGCGCACCAGGGCUCUGUCGACGCGCUGGAGUCCUGGACAGCCUCUAAUAAGAAUAAGC